AUGGAGGGCGCCUUUACUCACCUGGGCAACCACCUGGUUUCCGACUCGGCCUCCACCAUCAACGCCGGCGACGAUGAGAGCAUCCUGGAUGGCGAUCUUGGCCGCUCCAACCUUAACGGCCGCCGGCGCCGCCUUGACGACGACGAGGAUGGCGACACCUACGAUGAAGAUGACAUGGAGAGCAUGGCCAGCAUGCAGGUUGGCGGCAAACAGCAGAAGCCCGAUGAGGAUGUUGAGCUGCCCUCUCAUGCUUGCGCCUACUGCGGCAUCCACAACCCCAGCAGUGUCAUCAAGUGCCUGAGCUGCAGCAAGUGGUUUUGCAGCGCCCGUGGCAACACGUCUUCUUCCCACAUGAUCAACCAUCUUGUCCGCUCCCGCCACAAAGAGGUCCAGCUCCACCCCUCGUCUUCGCUCGGCGACACUGUAUUGGAGUGCUACAACUGUGGGACUAAAAACGUCUUUCUUCUUGGCUUCAUUCCAGCCAAAUCCGACACCGUUGUCGUCCUUCUGUGCCGCCAGCCAUGCGCCGCCAUGCCUUCUUCUAAGGACAUGAAUUGGGAUACCUCGCGCUGGCAGCCAUUGAUUGAGGACCGCACGUUCCUCCCGUGGCUCGUUUCCCAACCCUCGGACCAGGAACAGCUCCGCGCCCGCCACCUGAGUCCCCAGAUGAUUGCUAAACUGGAGGAAAUGUGGAAGGACAACAGUAAUGCCACUAUCGCGGAUUUGGAGAAAGGAGCUGGAGUUGACGAUGAGCCCGCGCCGGUCUUGCUCCGCUACGAUGAUGCCUACCAGUACCAGAACGUUUUCGGUCCGCUGGUCAAGAUCGAGGCCGAUUACGACCGCAAGCUGAAAGAGUCGCAGUCUCAGGAUGGUCUUAUUGUGCGCUGGGACUAUGGUUUGAACAAUAAGCACUUGGCAAGUUUCACGCUGCCGAAACUGGAAUUGGGAGAUGUGAAGCUUGCCGUGGGAGACGAGAUGCGGCUGCGCUACACUGGUGAACUCAGGCCGCACUGGGAAGGCGUGGGAUACGUGAUCAAGAUUCCCAAUAACCAGUCCGAUGAGGUUACGAUUGAGCUGCGUACCAAGGGAGACCACAAAUCAGUCCCUACUGAGUGCACUCAUAACUUCACCGCCGACUAUGUCUGGAAGGCCACUUCCUUUGACCGCAUGCAGCAUGCCAUGAAGACCUUCGCUAUUGACGAAAUGAGCGUCUCUGGUUACAUUUUCCACCGUCUCCUGGGCCAUGAGGUUGCCGCCGCUCCUAUGAAGACUCAGCUUCCACGCAAGUUCAGUGUUCCUGGACUCCCGGAGCUCAACGGUUCUCAGAUCAAUGCUGUGAAGAGCGUUCUGCAGAAACCUCUGAGCUUAAUCCAGGGUCCCCCCGGUACGGGCAAAACGGUUACUUCGGCCACUAUCAUCUACCACUUGGCCAAGAUCAACGGUGGCCAGGUCCUCGUUUGUGCGCCGUCUAACGUUGCUGUGGAUCAACUCUGCGAACGUAUCCAUCGUACUGGCCUCAAGACCGUUCGGGUUACCGCAAAGUCUAGGGAAGAUGUCGAGUCACCUGUUGGAUUCCUUUCCCUCCACGAACAGGUUCGCAUGAACGACACGAACGUCGAGCUCAACAAAUUGAACCAGCUGAAGAGCGAGCUGGGCGAACUGUCUAGCCAGGAUGAAAAGAAGUUCAAGCAACUGACCCGUGCUGCUGAGCGGGAAAUAUUGACCAAUGCCGACGUCAUUUGCUGCACUUGCGUCGGUGCCGGUGACCCGCGCUUGGCCAAGUUCAAGUUCCGCACUGUGUUGAUCGACGAGUCAACCCAAUCUGCUGAGCCUGAGUGCAUGAUUCCGCUCGUUUUGGGCUGCAAGCAGGUUGUCUUGGUUGGCGAUCACCAGCAGCUUGGGCCCGUCAUUAUGAACAAAAAGGCCGCCAAGGCUGGUCUGAACCAGUCCCUCUUCGAGCGUCUUGUUAUUCUCGGUUGCGCCCCGAUUCGUUUGCAGGUGCAAUACCGUAUGCAUCCCUGCUUGUCCGAUUUCCCUUCGAACAUGUUUUACGAGGGCUCCCUGCAGAACGGUGUCACGCGGGAGUCGCGGAUGCGCAAGGAGGUCGACUUCCCCUGGCCGGUCGUUGACAGCCCGAUGAUGUUCUGGUCUAACUUGGGCAAUGAGGAAAUCUCCGCCUCUGGAACAUCCUACCUGAACCGUACCGAAGCAGCGAACGUUGAAAAGAUCGUCACGCGCUUCUUCAAGGCUGGUGUCAAGCCCCAGGACAUCGGUAUCAUUACUCCGUACGAGGGUCAGCGCAGCUAUGUCGUGCAGUCCAUGCAGGCGAACGGUACUUUCAAGAAGGAGAACUACAAGGAGAUCGAGGUUGCUUCCGUUGAUGCGUUCCAGGGCCGUGAGAAGGACUUCAUCGUUCUCUCUUGCGUACGCUCCAACGACCACCAAGGAAUCGGUUUCUUGAGCGACCCGCGCCGUCUCAACGUGGCUCUCACUCGUGCCAAGUACGGUCUUGUCAUUCUGGGCAACCCAAAGGUUUUGUCGAAGCACCCUCUGUGGCACUUCCUCCUUCUGCACUUCAAGGAGCGCAACUGUCUGGUCGAGGGCCCUUUGAACAACCUUCAGACUUCCCUGUUGCAAUUCAGCCGUCCCAAGACCAGCUACCGCGGCCCCCAACGUUACCAGAUGGCGUUCCAACAUGCUUCGAACAUGACGUCUAGCCGCAAUGUCAACGGCAACAAGGGCCGUCAGGAGUACACGGACAAUGGCUCCAUUGUUGGAUACAUUCCCGAUGACGUUUCCUCGGUCCACUCCUCUGCGCUUGGUGGGGUUGGGGUCAGCUCCAACUAUCCUCCUAUGUUCUCUGGCUUCACCGAUUCCUGGCCGACGCUACCUGGCGCACGCAACACCCCCGGUCCCGGAGGAAGGCCCAAUGGAAAGAGCCCGGGUGCUGCUAGCAGUGUUGCUGGUGAAUCGAUCGCGGCAUCGGAACUCACCGACACCAAUGGCAGCAUUGUCGACAGCAAGGGUGGAGUUGGUCAGGGUGGAGUUAGCCUUGCAGGACUCAGCCUCAACGACAUCGGAAAGCCGACUUCGCUCUCUCAGUCGGAUCGCCUCAAGCGCUACGUUGAAUCGAGCGGACAGCCUGGCCCCGUUGGUUACGGCCGUGGAGCUGGUGGCCGGGCCUUCCCCGAGGACGACGACGCUCGUAGCGUGUCUACCGCUUUCGCCAGUCAGAUUGGCUUAGGAAGCUAUGACUGA